UGCGGGCGGCCCAUCCUGGAGGGCUACAUCGCCGCCCUGGAGGGGCUCUGGCACCCCGAGUGCUUCGUCUGUCGGGAGUGCUUCGCACCCUUCGUGGGGGGCAGCUUCUUCGAGGACGGUGGCCACCCCUACUGUGAGCGCCACUUCCACGCCCGGCGGGGCUCGCUGUGCCGGGGCUGCGGGGAACCCAUCGCUGGCCGGUGCGUCACCGCCAUGGCCCAGCGCUUCCACCCUGAGCACUUCGUCUGCGCCUUCUGCCUCCAGCCGCUCUCCAAGGGCACCUUCCAGGAGCAGGAGGGCAAGCCCUACUGCCAGCCCUGCUUCCUCCGCCUCUUUGGGUGA